GUUACUAUUUUAUUUUCAGUUGUCCCACUCCACCAGCUACAACUACAACUACAACCCAGUGGUGAUUACAUCUGCAUUCCCAGGCAACUCAACCGUACAGCCGCCAACAACAGCGGCCAACGUCACCUCGCCGCCGCCAACAACGGCCAACGUCAGCACGCCGGCGCCAACAACAGCGGCCAACGUCAGCACGCCGGCGCCAACAACAGCGGCCAACGUCAGCACGCCGGCGCCGACGACAGCGGCCAACGUCACCUCACCAACACCAACAACUGUCACCACGGUUUUACUACACCCACUACCCCCCCAGCAACUACAACAGCUCCGACCGUGGGGACAGUGUUUCGUUUGUUUUUUAGUCUACAGCAACAAUUUUCAUCAGCGCUUUCAACCCAAGGUUCACCAGAGUUCACCCAACUAAAGAGUAACAUAGAGUCACAGCUUACUCCAGUCUAUGCACUAAAGUAUGGAAGACUCUUCGUUCGAUUCAUUGUCUUUGGCUUCAGUCCAGGAUCUGUUGUGGUAAACUCUACUGUGGAACUCAACGAUACCACGACAAAUGCCACUGAUGUAGCUACAACUUUACAGGCUGCUGUUACCAGCGGGAAUCUUACCCUCAAUAUCAGCGCAUCAUCUAUAAAUGCAACUUUUGUCCCAGCUCCACCAGCUACAACUACAACUACACCAGUGGUGAUUACAUCUGCAUUCCCAGGCAACUCAACCGUACAGCCGCCAACAACAGCGGCCAACGUCACCUCGCCGCCGCCAACAACGGCCAACGUCACCUCGCUGCCGCCAACAACGGCCAACGUCACCUCGCUGCCGCCAACAGCGGCCAACGUCACCUCGCUGCCGCCAACAGCGGCCAACGUCAGCACGGCGGCGCCGACGACAGCGGCCAACGUCAGCACGCCGGCGCCGACGACAGCGGCCAACGUCACCUCACCAACACCAACAAAUGUCACCACGGUUACUACCCCCACUACCCCCCCAGCAACUACAACAGCUCCGACCGUGGGGAGAGUGUUUCUUUUGUUUUUUAGUCUACAGCAACAAUUUUCAUCAGCGCUUUCGACCCAAGGUUCACCAGAGUUCACCCAACUAAAGAGUAACAUAGAGUCACAGCUUACUCCAGUCUAUGCACGAAAGUAUGGAAGACUCUUCGUUCGAUUCUUUGUCUUUGCCUUCAGUUCAGGAUCUGUUGUGGUAAACUCUACUGUGGAACUCAACGAUACCACGACAAAUGCCACUGAUGUGGCUGCAACUUUACAGGCUGCUGUUACCAGCGGGAAUCUUACCCUCAAUAUCAGCGCGUCAUCUAUAAAUGCAACUCUUGUCUUAACUACAACUACAACUGCACCAGUGGUGACUACAACUGCAUUGCCAGGCACCUCCACUACACUGGCGAGUGCCACGACGCCCACCGCCACCACAACCACCACCGCACCGGCGAGUGCCACGACAUCCACCACCACUGCUGCUUCAACUGUAGCUUCCACAACAACACCUGCUCCCACCACCACCACCCCCAAUACAAAUGCUCCUUCACCCAGUGAAGGAUUCCUUUUCUUUAAAUUUAGCCUCAACCAAAUCUUCACCUCAGACCUGGCUGAUAAUACCUCAGCUGGUUAUCAGGCCCUGGCUGGAAAAGUGGUCACAGAGUUAAACAGAGUGGGACAACUGCUGUACCCAUCUUUCCGUCGCUCCCGGGUUAAUUACUUCCUGAGUGGAUCAGUAGUAGGCAACACAACUCUUGUCUUUGACAAUCAGUCCUCAACUCCUGCUGCAAGCAACGCGUCUAAUGCUUUUGCUCAACAACUUUUGAACAGCACCGUCUUGAACUUCAUCCCAGGCAGCUUCUCUGCAAAUUCAUCAAGCAGCCUUUGGUCCACUUUUGGUUCAUUGUUGGCCCUCUGUCUAACACUAUUCACUAUGGGACAGCUGCUGACGGACUUCUAAUCAGUGGCCAAGGAAACUGACUGACUAAAUACACUGGUGAAAGCUACUGACCAAGUGUGGGAGGACAUGCCCAGUAACCAAAAUCAAGUUUGCACUAUGAAAUUUACCAGUUCAAUACAUUGUGGUAAAUAGAUGUGCCAAGAGUCCCACACUAAGACAUUUACUCAGGGUUUUAAGAUCUAAAUUUCUCUUAGACACUUGCCUUUUAAUAAGUACAUAUAAUGGUAAUGAAGAAUAUGUUAUCUAAAUGCCUAAUAUUUUGUUUUUCAUUGGCAUUAAUAUUUAAAAAUAUAAGGACAUGAUUAUAAAAACAUGAUAAGUAUUUAUAUAUUUACACAGUUUGGCAGCAUCCACUUUACAUCCACAAACACAGUUGCUGUUUGGUAAAAUGCAUAUAAAAAAACAAUUACAGUUUGCUGCAAUUAAUCACGUUUCACAGAAUCAUCUGAGAUCUAAACACGAGGCAGUUGAUCUGCCUUUUAUUGAGAUGCUGACUGCUAUUAUCAUACUGUCAAAUAAGAGUACGAUGAUACAACAAAUUGUUGAUUUUAAUAUAUUUGAUGAAAGUCCUAAAUGUAUUGUAUGUUGUUUGAAAAGGGAAAUGAAACAAAUGUCAAUCAGAAAAUUAUUAAAAUGUUUACCCAUAAAA